AUGGGUAAGAAAUCUAAGAAGUCUCAGCAAAACUACUGGGAUGAGGAGUUUGAGGAAGACGUCCCGGCCGUGGAGGGUGGGGCCGAUGAGCCCGCUGUGGACUCUGCAGUAGACGAGUCAGUUGGUGCCACGCCAGAGCCAGACUCCACUGCUGAUGCCGAGGAAGUGGAAGAGGAUUUCAUGUCUGCUCUGAAGAGCUCGAAGAAGAGGGCUUCCGAGAAGGAGAAAGAACAAGACGAGAAGAAGCCAGUGAUCAAGUCCAAGAAGGAGAAGGAAAAGGAGAAGAAAGAGCUGGAAAAGCAGAAGAAGAAGGAGCAAGCCGCAAAGAAGAAGGCCCAGCAACAGGCUCAAAAGGAGAAAACCAAGGAAUUGAACAGACAACAGGCCGAAGCCGCCGCCGAUGCCAAAAAAGCCAAAAAAAGCGGAGAGGUGAGCACCGACGACAAUUCCUCUGAACCUGCCAAGGCUCCCAAGAAGAACGCCAAGAAGGUUCCAGCUGGGCUUGCAGCUUUGAGACGUCAGCUGGAGCUUAAGAAACAGUUGGAAGAACAGGAACGUUUGGAAAGAGAAGAAGAAGAGCGUCUGGAAAGAGAAGAAGAGGAGCGCGAAGCUCAGCAAAAGCUAGCUGAAGAAGAGUCUAAGCGUGAGAAGCGUGAAAAGGACAAGUUGAAGCGUGAUAAAUUGAAGGCUGAAGGUAAGCUUUUGACGAAAAAACAGAAGGAGGAAAAGAAACUCCAAGAGAAGAGACGUGCUGCUUUGUUGGCUUCUGGGAACAUUCAUGUCGCUGGUUUGAAUAAGACACAAGGGGCCGAAUCCGAAAGUAAGCCCAAGAAGGUCGUUUACGGGAAGAAGAAGAAGAAGAGCCAGGAAGAAAAGGAGGCAGAACAAGCCGCUGCUGAGGCCAAAAAAGCCGCUGAAGCUGCCGCAAAUGCCGAAGGCGAGGAAGAGGAGGCUCUCAUCGAUGACUGGGAGAACUUAGCCUUGGAAGAUGAAGAUGAGCAUGCCACGUCUGAAGUGGGAGAGGGCCACGAGGAUGGGGAAGAGGAAGAGGGAGAGGAAGAGGGAGAACAGAAACAAGACGAAGGGCACAAAUCAAAAGCCACUGCAGUCGAAACUAUCCAACGUUCAACUUCUCCAGCCUCAAUCGCCAGGGGUUCUCCUUCCCCAUCGGCUCCCCAAAAAGAUUUGCGUUCCCCAAUUUGCUGUAUCUUAGGUCAUGUUGAUACUGGUAAGACCAAACUUUUGGACAAAAUCAGACAAACCAACGUCCAAGGUGGUGAGGCUGGUGGUAUCACCCAACAGAUUGGUGCUACCUACUUUCCCAUCGAAGCUGUUAAGACCAAGACACAAUCAAUGGCCCAAUUUGAGAAGCAAACUUUCGAUGUACCUGGUUUGCUUGUAAUCGAUACCCCAGGCCACGAAUCGUUUACAAACUUGCGUUCUAGAGGUUCGUCUUUGUGUAACAUCGCCAUUUUGGUUAUCGAUAUCAUGCACGGGCUGGAGCAACAGACAAUUGAGUCCAUCAGAUUAUUGAGAGAUAGGAAGGCUCCAUUUGUGGUUGCAUUGAAUAAGAUCGAUAGGCUCUAUGACUGGAAUGCAGCACCUAACGAUUCUUUUAGAAGCACCUUUCAGAAACAGACCAGAGGUGUUAAACAGGAAUUUGCCACAAGGUUGGAAGCCAUCAAGGUUGCCCUUGCAGAACAAGGUUUGAACUCAGAGCUGUAUUUCCAAAAUAAAAACAUGGCCAAAUAUGUGUCUAUUGUGCCAACGUCCGCAGUUACAGGUGAGGGUGUUCCUGACUUGUUGUGGCUGCUACUUGAAUUGACACAAAAAAGGAUGUCGAAACAGUUGAUGUAUUUGUCUCAUGUUGCUGCGACCGUAUUAGAAGUGAAAGUCGUGGAAGGUUUUGGUACUACUAUCGACGUAAUUUUGUCCAACGGGUACCUAAGAGAAGGUGAUCGUGUUGUAUUAUGUGGGUUGAAUGGUCCUAUUGUAACUAACAUCAGAGCUCUUCUGACGCCGCAACCUUUGCGCGAACUGCGUUUGAAAUCUGAAUACGUUCACAACAAAGAAGUUAAAGCAGCUCUUGGUGUGAAAAUUGCUGCAAACGAUUUAGAAAAGGCCGUGUCUGGGUCCAGAUUAUUAGUUGUCGGUCCCGAUGAUGAUGAGGAGGAAAUGAUGGAUGAUGUUAUGGAUGAUUUGACUGGCCUUCUAGAUUCAGUUGAUACUUCCGGACGUGGUGUAGUGGUACAGGCAUCUACUCUUGGUUCGUUGGAAGCCUUGCUAGAUUUUUUGAAAGAUAUGAAAAUUCCUGUCAUGUCUAUUGGUCUGGGUCCCGUCUACAAGAGAGAUGUUAUGAAGGCCACAGCAAUGUUGGAAAAGGCCAAAGAAUAUGCCGUCAUGCUGUGCUUUGAUGUCAAAAUUGACAAGGAAGCAGAACAUUAUGCUGAAGAGCAAGGUGUCAAAAUUUUCAAUGCCGAUAUUAUCUACCAUCUAUUCGACGCGUUUACAGCUUACCAAGAAAAGCUGAUGGAGCAACGCCGUAAGGAUUUCUUACAUGAAGCUAUCUUCCCAUGUGUUUUGAAUACUCUUCAGAUCAUCAACAAGCGUGGUCCGAUGAUUAUCGGUGUAGACGUCAUGGAAGGUUCUGUUCGUAUUGGAACGCCUAUUUGCACUGUGAAAACAGAUCCUGCCACUAAGGAAAAGAACAUUUUGUUGUUGGGUAAGGUUGUGUCACUGGAGAUCAAUCAUCAAGGCCACAACGAAGUUAAGAAGGGUCAAACUGCCGCCGGUGUCGCCAUGCGUUUGGAAGACCCAUCCGGACAGCAGCCAAUUUGGGGCCGUCAUGUUGAUGAAAAAGACACGCUCUAUUCUUUGAUCACCAGAAGAUCUAUUGACACUUUGAAGGACGCAGCAUUCAGAGAUCAAGUUGGUAAAGCUGACUGGUUGUUGCUGCGUAAAAUGAAAACUGUCUUUGGUAUCGAAUGA